UGUGUCUGUCUAGUGUCUAUGUCUACUGUCUACACACCGGCUGGAUCGAUAUACGAUAUCAAUGGAUAUUCUGUUCUUUAACCUACGUGACUAUUAUUUUAUUGAAUGAGUUUUAUAUUAUAACAAAUUAAAAUCAUGUAAUAAUGGAUAUACCAUUCCCUGAAACGACACCUCGUUUCAUAGACUCGAAAUGGUUUAGCGCCGACACCCCUUGCGACGAAGACGCAGAGUUGGCGGCUUUGGAACAAUCGAACCAGAACUGGUUUAAAUUUAUUUCGUUGCAGUUAAGUAAUGUUGGGCAGCAAUACAAGGCUCGGGCGCCGCUGGGUAAGGCCGACCCUGAGCCCAUGGAGGAGUGCGAGUCUGAAGAGGAAGAGGAUUCAGUGCAAAUAGUGGAAGACUCGGAUGAAGUGGAGGAAGAGCCAGAGCCUCCAAACAUGAACCACGACGUGGACUUGUUGCAAAUACACGAGGACUCGAGCCACGACGAUGACGCCGGCAACCUGUACAACGAACAGGACACGCACAAGAUCGGCGACGAGUCUGAUGUUGAUUUAGAAUCGGACAACUCACCACCCUCGCCUGAAAACUGGGGUGAUGACGACCACAAUGUGUGUUGUGGCGCUACCGCUGGCAACGACGAAUCUGACGAGUCAGAGGAGUCUCACGACGAGGACGAGGAGGAGGAGCUUCAAGAGAGAUACGCCCCGCCGCGGGAGCUGCCGCGCACGCUCGAGUUCACGGACUCCUCGGAGCCGAACAUGUUGGACCAGAGCACACUGUGGCCGUAGACCACUAUUGACUCAGCCGGAACUUUGUAGACGAAAGAGUCUUAGGGAAUGAUUGAGGAAAGUCCAUAUUGGGACGGAUUUUUGUAGUUGACACGUCGAUGUACAUUCAUGUACCUACAUAUACGUGAUGUAACAAAAAUAGUGGGAUUAGGGUAUAUUGGGUAUAAAGACAAUAUAUUUUGACGCAAUUUUGACCUCUAUAGGGGCGGCAGCAGUUGGAACACUAAUACACUGAAUAUAAUACCUUGAUCCAAGCAGCCGAUAGGCUCACAUUCGUGAUGGCGCCUCUUUCAUUUCGCUUGGAUAGCGAGAGUUUGCGUCACGAAUAUCACCUAAUCCCUACAUUUUUGGAUGCACCUUUAUACUUAGCUAUUUUAGGUUCCCCUUUUACGGAAAGCUUGCUUGUCGAAACUCGAAAUAUUAACGCUGUGAGCGACAUCUAACGUAUUCGUUCAAGUUUUCUGUGAUCAGACAUAAGUGUAAGACUCGCCACAGACAGUCUUAAAUUUCAUAAUCUGAAAAAAAAGAGUUUUAAGUAUACAAUCUGUCAGAAUUUUCAGAUAGAUCUGACAGAUUGUAUAAAACUCUUUUUUUUUUCAGAUUAUGAAUUUUAGGGCUGUCUGUGGCGAGCCUAAUACAAUGCUUUCUUGGUUGUUGUAAUAUGUAGUUAAUACACGAAUAGCUACUUUUUGGUACACAUCGGAAUCAAACAAUAGGGAACUUGACUGUAGUUAAAAUAAAAUAUUUUAUACCAUGCACGAAAUAAAGCAUCAGCUAGUUACAAGAAAAACACGGACAGAAGUUACUUUUAAAUCCAAUUUAUAUUUAAUAAGUCAGGUAGAAAUAUAUAAAGUAACUGAGUUGACCCUAACGUCACUCAAUUCGAUUUCAUAUAAAUUCCAUAUUAGCAAGUCGUUCAAAUUCGUUUUGACAGUUCUUAAAAAGAAGCUGAUUUGACUAGGAGGCAAGUAGCCUAUUUAGAUGUUAAGACUUGUACUACAGACAUAUAUCCUUUUCUUUAAGAAUGUCCUAUAAUAUUUAUUUAUAUUUAUUAUUAUGUGAUUGAAGAAUAAUGCGUUGUGUGACAACUAUUUUGACUGAAAAAAUAUCAAAUCUUAGGAAUCUACGCGUGACAAUAAGACUGCGAUUUGCCUUCGUAUUGUUACGGAAACGUAAGAACAUGUCAUACUAUUUCAGUCACUCAGCACAAGAUGUACUCUGACAUUGACUGAACUAGCAUGACAAAUACGAACGUUUCCGGAAAAAUACGAAAGGAAACCCAUUUCGCACUACAUCUGUACCAUGAAUUUAUUUUAUCUGAUAUAGCACUUCGAGGUCUUAGAAUUCUUAGUUAACUAAACAUAAAUUAAAGCAACAUAAAAUGAGGCGGGGCUUGUUGCGAUGCUGUUUGUACAGUCAAUCAAUUGGAACCCUAGGCCACUAUAGAACUAUGUCAUAGUGACGUUAUAAAUCAGAUUGUAAGAAAUCUCUUACUGCUUGUCAUUUUGACAUGGUUGUAGAGUGGCCUAGGGUUCCAAUUGGUUGACUCUACACUGAAUGUUGUAUUACUAUGAUUAUGAUUAUUGAUUAUUGAUUAUUUUUGGAACAAGUGGAAAUUUUUGCCUACUUAUACUUACGUACACUACAAUAAUGAUGUAUAAUAUUGGAAAUAGUUUAUAAGAAUGGAUAUGUACUACGUAUGUAGAUUUGACCCUUACUGUUUGUUUGUAGCAAAAGUAAAGAAUUACUUUACCCAACCCUUAGCCAAAGUAAAGAAUUACUUAAAGUGAAUAGGCUAGUUUCAUAUACUUAAAAUAACAUGCAGUGUACGAAAUAAAGCACGACAUAAUUUCUAUUAAUAAGUCAAAGAGAAAGAUAUAAAGUAAAUGAAUGACCGUGACGUCACUCCUCAGUAUUUCAUAGUAAUCCCAUAUUAGCAAAUCGUUUUGACAGUUCUUAAAAAGAAGCUGAUUUGACUAGUAGGAAACUAGCCUAUUAAAGAAUUACUUUGGCUAAGGGUAGGAUUUUAUUUUUUAUAUUUUAUUCAGUUAAUCUAAAUUCGUUGAAUCUUUUUAUAACUCAAGUGUAUCUAAAUCUGAGCUUUUCCCCUUUUGGAAGUAUCAUACUUUCUGUUAGUAUAGGUUUUUUUACAAAAUAAAAUUUACAAGAACA